UGCUAUUGGACCUCUUACAAUACAUCCGCGCUAGUCUGCCGCAAACUUCAUCAUCAUCGGAAGAAGCUUCUCUAUUUGGAAAAUGGCGGGUGCUUUGACAGAAAAACAACUUGCACAACACGUCUAUACUGCUUUACAGGCUGCGUCUUGUCCCUUGGUGGAAGGUCUGCAUCUACAGGAAGCAGACAGCAUGCUGCAGCUGCUGUGUACUCCCUCUCAGCACCGUACGGACAUACUGACAUGGAUCUGCAGCAGUAUCAACCCAAACUUUGCCAAUUUGACGGCGAGAUCCAAAGACCCAGAUGUUUUGACUAAAGAGAUGGCCAUGCUUGGUCAGGAGCUGAUGCUGUGCAAAGCCGACAACCUGGACCUGAUCAAGGGUGAUGUGAGUCCUCGCCAGCAGCUUCAGUUCCUGGAGCAGCUUAUAACUCCAGGCUGCAGGAGGUCUGCUAUGCACAGAGUGGAUACUGAGAUGCUACUGAAUGAAAUCUUUGCUAAUGAUAGUCUGCCUCACCUCACACAAAUGCUCAAACCUUCGCUUGACCCCUGGCCUGCAAACAUCAAGGCUUUACGCAAGGGUACCAAGUCAUCUUGUCAUAAGCCAACUGGAGAAGAGGGUGCUGACGUUGCUGCACUCCUGAAGUCUACUCAGUCAGUAUUGGAACAGCUACAGCCAGAACGCUUCUACGCUCACCUCCAGUGUGAAUCCCUGAAUAAUGAGGCACAGAGUCCUGGUGUUUUCCCUCCAAAUGCAUUGCAUGUGGCGGUACGUGACCUCCAGCAGUUGAUGUCUACUUUCAGACGUGUUUAUGAGACAAACUUGAGAGCUUAUUGCAACAGAGAUCCCCCCAGCUUCAGCACAGAGGCUGACGUCUUCCAGAGAGUACACCAACUGCUGCUGGCCUGCAAUACGGAGUUGGAAAUGCUAAGUGAAGUAUCAGAAGCAUCUGUGUCCAUGAGUGAAGAAGUGAGCCAGCUACAAACACAGCCUCACUACUGGAGUGGACGAGAAAAGCGCACGUUAUUGGACCAAUUGGAGGAACUAACCAGGCGAUACAGAGACUUUCUUGCCCAGCUUCAUUCCUGAUGGCGUCCCCUACAUCAUGCAGUGCACAGACACCAGCCUAACUUCCAACCAUCAAGGUGAAUGUCAAUUUACUGCUGCUCCAAAUAUUGCAGUAAUUAUUAUAGGAGGGCCUGAUCUGUGGUUCCUCACUCUGUCCCUGUGUCGUAGAGGAAACUAAUGCCUUAUGUCCACUGGAUCCAGCUGCAUCAAGUUUGAAGGCACAUUUAAAAUAAAUGCAUAUAUAAAUGCAUAUUUUUAUCUCCCCAACAUGGAGCUUUUGCAAAAUGACUGUGUAAGCCUCCUCCAGCGAGGGUAUCAAUAUAUAUGCUGUUGACAAGUGAUGUUGAGAUCAUAUAAUAAUGAUGCGAUCUGCACUGCAACACACCUGCUUGUGAAUAACUGUCUGGUUAACAUAUAUUUAUGAGCCACGACCAUGACACUAGUCCAUACUCGCUCCAUUGUCUGACAACAGUAACUAAAAUGUUAAUUGUAUUACUUAAUAAAUGUUUUAAAUUGCAUCACAAUCUCAA